AUGGUGGAGACCGAGGAUGCGUUGAUGGUUGCAAUAUACGUUUUAUCUAUCAAUAAGUACAAUUUAAAGAGCAUGCUAAAGCUCUUUGAUACAUGGGGGCGCUUGCUGUACAGGAAUAAUAAUAGUAGCAGUAAAAUACUUCGUCAUUAUCCUUCGUCAUCAAUAGAUUCAAUGAUUUCGACGGUGCCAAAGUCGUCAUCGAUCUAUAUGACACCACAAAGUUCAACGAGUAAUUUAUUGAUUAGCGCGAUGAGACAAGCUGUAAUUAGCCAAAGUAAUAAUCAAACGGAGAUCGACUUGGCCACUACUUCUCCCACUAAUACGCCAUUUUAUACUACCCCUUCUACCCCUAAUAGACGCACACCCGAAAAAAGGGCCAUAAAUAAUAAUGUAAUAAAGGGUUACGAUAAAUCAUAUCAUCAUAGAAAUAAUUCUUCUAAAGAGAUUAUUAUUAUUGAAGAUGAUGAAAAUAUUCUAAAAAAUUCAAAGAGAAAUUCAAAAUUAUCAUUUAUAAUAACAAGUGAUGGGGAUGAUAGCGAUAUUAUUUCUUCAAAAAGUGAAAGUAUAGAUAAUGAAAUUCUAGAGAAUCUAUUAAAAUAG